AGAUAGUAUUCCUAUAUCAAUGAAACCUGUUCCGUGGAACAUGCUCGGCCCAUGGUCAAGUGAUAUAUAUUCAGCUCGAGAUGAUACCUAUUGUUAGGUCGAUAACGGACUCAUCCUCAUGCCUUCCACAGCUCUCCUUGUCAUUGACGUGCAGCCGGAAUGGUACGGACCAACUACCGACACCUACAAACACUUCCCCAACUUUGCAGAACGUCUCACCUCACUUCUAGCUCGUUGUCGCGCUAAAGGCACUCACAUAAUCCACAUCAGAGCAAAGUACGACACUUCUCCCGAGGUAGAGUCAGACUACACUCGCUGGCACCAGCAGUUCCGUAGGUUCAACCCGGAGAAACCUCUCGAUCUGAGCGGGGACCCGACACCCUGGGCUAGAGAACUGGAUGAUGGAAGUGAGUCAGUGUUUAACAAGCCUACAUUUAACGCGUUUUUAGGAACGGAGUUACACGGGUACCUACAGGAGCGGGGUAUUAACAAGCUGAUCUUAGCGGGGCUUAUAACCUCAGUUUGUGUACAAAUGACAGCAAAUGAGGCCUUUAUGCGGGGUUAUGAGGUGAAUGUUGUGUCGGAGGCGUGCGCGGAUCGUAGUAGAGAUAGACACGAAGCUGCCAAGUUAUUGUAUUCCGGGUAUGUUUGGAAUGAUAUUCCUCUGGAGAGCGUUUGAAUUGAUACUGUUUCAUAGAGAGCUGAGCAUUCCUCCAAACUGUUUUAUAAAUACAAAUUUGAUUUUAAUAUUCAAUUUACCGAUUUAUGUAUCAUUUUAUAUGUUUCAUUAAAUGUUUUUUUAAGAAUUUUGAUUAUUUCUUGUAUUGGGGUCUACAUGGACCAUAAUUUUUAAAAAAUGUUUUGUAGUAAGAAUAAUUUGAUGAUUUUUUAUUAAAAUCUAGAUUGUUGAUUGAUGGGUUAUUAUUUAAGAAGAACCAUUUUUUGUUUAAGAUUUUACCGUAAAGUUACAUAAUAUUCUCGUUCAGCAGAUUGCACAUUGGAACGUUAUGAAAAUCGAU